GUCGUUUUCUAGCUCGACCUGUUCGUCUCGGUGUUUACGCUUUUUCUGCAAAUUCUGUUUCUGGUAUCAUCAUCAACAUUUAAAUUCCAAUGGCGCAUUUUAAAUGUUUAAUAAUAAGAAAUCCGAGAUCCGUAAAUUCUAAGAGCUACCCAAAUCCAAAGCUAACGGUCUUUGAGCUUCUCUUAUCAUAAAGUUUGUUCCUUUUUUUUUGGCCAUAAAAAAUUGUUUCUUUUUCUUUCUAUCAGAGUGUCUGAAAAAAUUCAAUGUCUUUCUCUUCUGAUCUUUUCAUCUCUCUCUAAUCUAUUUCUCUUUCUCAAUCGAGGCAGCCAUGGCCGAGGACCCUUCUUUCCUCCCCAAGGAUAGUUUUGUCUUGAAGCUUCCUAAAAAGUCCUCACUUGUUUUGAGAAUGGUCGUUCUCCUCUUUGUAAUGGUUUGUGCUGUGUACAUUUGCUCCAUUUGUCUUAAACAAAUAGGAGUCAGCCCAAACUAUGGUUUCUUGAACGUUGAAGUGUUUGAGAGGCCUUGUCCUGAGCCUAACAUUGAACCGUGGGACAUUCCUUUUGUGCAUUAUCCUAAACCAAAGACAUAUAACAGGGAUGAAUGUUCUUGCCAACCAAUUAGGUACUUUGCGAUUCUCUCGAUGCAGAGAUCUGGUAGUGGCUGGUUUGAGACUUUACUUAACAAUCAUACUAAUAUAAGCUCCAAUGGAGAGAUAUUUUCUGUGAAAGAUAGGAGGGCUAAUGUUUCCACCAUUUUUGAGACUCUUGACAAAGUAUAUAAUCUUGACUGGUUGAGUAGUGCCUCUAAGAACGAAUGCACUUCCGCUGUUGGCUUCAAAUGGAUGCUUAAUCAGGGUCUAAUGAAACAUCAUGAAGAAAUAGUAGAAUACUUCAAAACCCGAGGCGUCUCUGCAGUUUUCCUAUUCAGGAAAAACCUACUGCGCCGCAUGAUAUCAGUACUCGCAAACUCUUACGACAGAGAUGCUAAGCUGUUAAACGGGACUCACAAGUCUCACACCCAUUCGGCCAAAGAAGCUGAGAUAUUGGCGGGUUACAAGCCAAUGAUCAACACAACACUUUUGAUAACAGAGCUGAAGCAGAUUCAAGAUAUGACUUCAAAAGCAUUGGCUUACUUUAACACCACUCGACAUAUCCUUGUCUACUACGAAGAUGUCGUCAAGAACCUCACGAGACUAGACGAUGUACAGGAGUUUCUAAAGGUCCCAAAACGUAAGCUAAAGAGUCGGCAAGUGAAGAUUCAUGGAGGUACAUUGUCACAACAUGUACAGAAUUGGGAAGAGAUUCAGACUACACUAAAAGGAACCAGUUUCGAAAAUUUCUUACUCCAAGAACACCGCAAAUGAUUUUUAAGUUUUGUAUAUAUUAUCAAAACCAAACCUUGUAGGAAAUUUUGUUGUUUCUCUCUCUCUUUUUUUACCAAUCUUCUUGUUCUGGCAGGGCCGUCUCUACCCCAUGGCAGAGUAGGCAAAUGCCAUAGGUCCAUCCCAAA